GAGCCGCAAAGUUUGGCUGUGGCGGCAAAUGGGCUUGGGCGGCUCCUCGGCGGGUGGCGGUGGUGGCCUUAGCGGUUCCUCCCGGCUCUGUUAAUGUCGGGGCCAGGCCCGGGGAGGAUGGCGCCCUAGAGCCCGGCCUUGCUGGGUAGGGGCGGGAGGGGACGGGGUGGGGACCGGCCAUGUCGGAGGUGACCCGGAGUCUGCUGCAGCGCUGGGGCGCCAGUUUUAGGAGAGGCGCCGACUUCGACUCUUGGGGCCAGCUGGUGGAGGCGAUAGACGAGUAUCAGAUAUUAGCAAGACAUCUACAAAAAGAGGCCCAAGCUCAACACAACAAUUCUGAAUUCACAGAAGAGCAAAAGAAAACCAUAGGCAAAAUUGCAACAUGCUUGGAAUUGCGAAGCGCAGCUUUACAGUCCACACAGUCCCAGGAAGAAUUUAAACUGGAGGACCURAAGAAGCUAGAACCAA